UGGAGCGCGCGGCGGCGGCGCCUCGAGAGCCGCGCUGUCCCGUGCAGCGCCGUCCCCGCGUUAGGCAAAACAAUGGCUGCUAGAUAUGAUAGAGCUAUCACUGUCUUUUCUCCGGAUGGCCAUCUUUUCCAAGUGGAGUACGCGCAGGAGGCCGUGAAAAAGGGCUCAACCGCGGUGGGAAUCAGAGGGAAAGAUAUUGUUGUCCUUGGUGUUGAGAAGAAGUCGGUUGCCAAGCUGCAAGAGGAAAGAACUGUCCGCAAAAUCUGCGCCCUUGACGAACAUGUCUGCAUGGCUUUUGCAGGGUUGACAGCUGAUGCUCGUAUUGUGAUAAACAGAGCUAGAGUGGAGUGUCAGAGUCACAGGCUAACGGUGGAGGAUCCAGUUACUGUGGAGUACAUCACACGGUACAUUGCAACCCUGAAACAGCGAUACACGCAGAGCAAUGGACGGAGACCUUUUGGAAUCUCUGCCUUGAUUGUGGGGUUUGACUAUGAUGGAACUCCAAGGCUGUACCAGACUGACCCAUCAGGGACAUACCAUGCCUGGAAGGCAAAUGCAAUUGGUCGCAGUGCUAAGACUGUGAGAGAAUUUCUGGAGAAAAACUACACGGAGGAAGCUAUUGCAACCGAUAAUGAUGCUAUAAAGCUUGCGAUUAAAGCCUUGCUGGAGGUUGUGCAAUCUGGCGGAAAGAACAUUGAACUUGCGGUGAUCAGGCGGAAUCAGCCGCUGAAGAUUUUGGAAUCUAAAGAAAUUGAAACCCUGGUUGCUGAAAUUGAAAAGGAGAAAGAAGAGGAGGCAGAAAAGAAGAAGCAGAAGAAGGCUACAUAAUUUGACCCAGUUACUGCAGUUGUCAAAGUGCUUGUCUCAAGCAAAACAUUUUGGAUAAUACUCUAAACCUUUACAGUGUUUUUGUCUGAUUAACCGCAAGUGAAUACUGUAUGAGAAUUUUAUUUUGGCUGCAUCCUUUUCCGUUACAAUGCAGAUGUACUGAGAAAAUAGGUGCACUGCAGAUUCCAGUUUACAUUUCAAACAUGGUAAUAAAGGUUUCAAGUUUA